GAAGAAACCUCCAAUCAGAACCAGGAGGCGGGACAACAGGCCGGAGCAGACCACGCCCCUCAACGCCAACGCACAAACGGCGAGGAAGGAGGAGGGGGGGCAGAGUGGUGGGGAGGAGGAGCCAGAGGAGGAGAGCCAACUUCUUCCUCCACCCAUGCAGAUCAUCAAGGACCCAAACAACCCCGAGGCUCUGGACUCAGAUCAGGGCUCCAACGAGUCAGACACCGAGCAACGCAACAAAGCACUGAGAGGACGCAUGUUUGUGGUGAACGAGAUGAUCCAAUCAGAGAAGGACUACGUGAAGGAUCUGGGCGUGAUUGUGGAGGGCUUCAUGUCGCGGCUGGAGGUGCGAGGGAUCCCAGAGGAAAUGAGAGGAAAAGACAAAAUUGUCUUCGGAAACAUCCAGCAGAUCUACGAUUGGCACCGAGAUUUCUUCCUGGUGGAGUUGGAGCGCUGUGUUCAGAACCACGACCUGCUCGCCGACCUCUUCAUCAGACACGAGAGGCGUCUCCACAUGUACGUGGUCUACUGUCAGAAUAAGCCGAGGUCAGAGUUCAUCGUCAUCGAGUACGAGAACUUCUUCGAGGAGAUCCAGCAUGAGAUCAGCUGCAGGAUGUCUAUCAGUGAUUAUCUGAUUAAACCCAUCCAGAGAAUCACUAAGUACCAGCUGCUCUUAAAGGAUUUUCUCAAGUAUACGUCCAAAGCGGGACUGGACAGUGAAGAGAUCGAGAAAGCCAUGGAGCUGAUGUCACUGGUCCCCAAACGCUGCAACGACAUGAUGAACCUGGGACGCCUGCAGGGAUACGAGGGGAAGCUGACGUCUCAGGGGAAGCUGCUGCAGCAGGAGACCUUCUGUGUGUGGGAGCAGGACGGAGGAGUUUUAUCUCGCAGUAAAGAGCGCCGAGUUUUCCUCUUCGAGCAGAUCGUCAUCUUCAGCGAACUACUGCGAAAAGGCUCCAAUAACCCGGGAUACCAGUUCAAGACCAGCAUCAAGGUGAGUUACCUGGCGAUGCAGGACAGCGUGGACGGUGACCCCUGUAAGUUUGUGUUGUGGUCUCGAGGCUCGGAGGAACGCUUCACGCUGCAGGCGUCCUCAGCCAGCAUCAAGAUGACCUGGGUGGAGACCAUCUCCACGCUGCUGGACGCACAGAACAACUUCCUGUCAGCUCUCCAGUCCCCCAUCGAGUACCAGAGAAAAGAGGGCGGGAUCUCAGUGACCCGGCCAUUGUCGUCAGGGCGACCACCGUCGGCGCCGCCAACGCCCAACGGCCACGCCACUCAGCCUCCGCCGGACAACGAGCAGGAAGACCAGGAGCUGGUUCUGGUCCAGCAGGACUUCGUGGCGGUCCGGGAGGACGAGAUCUCGGUGUUUCGGGGGGAGAAGGUCCAGAUUCUGGCGUCCAAUCAGCAGGGCCAGAGCCUGGUGUACCGGCCGGCCAAUAGCGACUCGCCAGCCGCCGAGGGCUGGGUGGCACGCAGCGCACUCAACACACACUGACACACACACACACACACACACACACACACACACACACAACACAGCAGAGUCUGGGGCUAACGGGCCCAAGAGCAUGCUGGGAAAAUUCUCUUGUGAUGCUGUGAGUUGGAGCCGUCCAACAAUAACCCAAAAUAUCCAAACUAUGGACUGUGGAUCUCCGUUAAAGUCGUGUGGGGCUGUGACUAACGAUAGACUUUGAUUCACCAAAAUAAAAGCACUUCCUGUUGCAGGUUUUCUAUCCUGGGACGAGAAGUUCUGCUGUGAACGUGUUCGGCAGGAUGUUUACAUUAAGGACUGAGCCCCAAAACACACACUCAGACAGAGACACACACACAUAUACACACACAGACACACACACAUAUACAUACACAGACACACACACAUAUACAUACACACUG